CCGCUCCAUAUCACCAUCCGCUUCAGCGUUGCCCUUCCCGACCUGCACCUCGACAUCUCCUCACCACACCAGACCACCGUCGUCGCCUUGAAGCACCUUAUCCGCGGCCGCCUAGCAGCCGAGGCCGAAGCCGCGGCCAACAGAAAGAACGAUGUACCUGCUCAACCCAGCCCGGCGGCCCAAGCCUCGCUCGCCCACCUCCGCUUCAUCCACAACGGCCGCAUUCUCCCGGAUGCCUCCGUCCUGAGUGCCGUGCUUAAAGCGCCCCCUCCACCCCCGCUGUCCCACCAUGCCGAUCCAAAAGGCAAAGCCCCCGCCGGCGUCUACCCACAACAGCGCGUCUUCAUAAACUGCAGCAUAGGCGACGUUCUCCCGCCCUCUCUGCUCGCCGAAGAAGCCGCCGCUGCGACUGCCCCUCCCCCAUCACCCCACCAGCCAUCAACCACAACGCCCUCCCGCACCCCACUGCCUCGACUGCAGACGACCAACCUGGCCCUCGCUGGCGACACCCACCCCCGACAAUCCACUACCACCACAGCGACAAGACAUGGCCAACAACCACGAGGGUUCGACCGGCUCCUGGCUGCGGGCUUCCACCCCUCGGAAGUCUCCACCCUCCGCACCCACUUCCGCGCCAUCCACGCCGCCCGCUUCACCCCGGACACACUGCCCUCGCCCGACACGCUCCGGGCCAUGGAAGACGCCUGGCUGGAUAACGAGCAGCGCUUACCCACCACCACCGCCAUUUCCGGUAGCGGCAUGGGCAUGGACGAGGACGUGUACGGCCUCAGCGCGGCCACGGGGCCCCUGAUCAAGGGCAUGCUGAUCGGGUUUGUUUUUCCGCUGGGCGUGAUUGGGUGGCUGGGCAAGGAGAACGGGGUGUGGUCGGGCAGGAUGCAUGGGUUUGUGGUGCUUGGGGUGCUGUUGAGUGUCUCGGUUGGGUUGGUGAGAGGGUUGACGGGGGAG